CUCAUCAUCUUGUCCUUCGCGUUACCUGUCCUGCUCUCACCUACUGUCUAGAGGUACCGGGAGCAACAUCUGCUUGGACUCACGAAGUGGCUAUGACGUCUUCGAUGACUGAGUUGAUUUCUCGCGAUGCAUUCCAGAGGGCAAUCCUCCUUUAACCAAGAUUUACCAAUCACUGAUGCAUUACCGAUCGUCAGGUCUCAGUUCAUGCAUGUUGUGAUCAUGCUGUGAAGUGAUUACGCUUUGCAAUUCACACGACUGUUUGCUUCGCUAUUCGGUAUAUCUGGCCUCCUUGUAUUCUCUCCUUUAAAUAUUCAUAUUCUUCUACACGUUACCAUUACGCAACUGCAUUACUACUCCCGUCUCCCUAAGGCGUUCAACGAAGUUUCGACCAGUUCCUCGGACCAGAGCAAUCAUGUUCACCAAGAUCUUCGGUGUCUCGAGAACAACUUUCCUCAUGUUUAAUGUCGUUCGAGCUAGCGACCAGGAUAAGUUCAACGAUAACAAAUGCAUUUGGUGCUGGGGCCCAUACGACGAAGACCAUCCUGCUGCUCGCGUGCGGACUUGCGGCCACGUAUUCGGACGCGACUGUCUCCCACAAAUAACCAAGGGCCCGACCGGUGAUCUUUGUCCUAUCUGUCGAUCUCCAUGGUUCCGGACCGAUACUCUGCCUCUCAUGUUACAAUUCCUCAAUCGCUUCUUUGUGAACCCUUUAGUGAAUUUGUUAACUCCGAUCAGGCUCACCUUAUACAAGAUCGAAGCUAAACUUCCGCCUUGGGUGCUGUCCAUAGGACGCUUUUUAUUCUACGCAGGCAAUGUGUAUCACCAAAUCGACUACAUGAUCCGAGCUUUCACCGGCCUAUAUGCAAGGAACCCAGGUUUGCGUUCCUUUACCAUGUCUCCGGUGAUACGACAUGAAAAGUGGGACAGGUUCUUGAUUCUCACUUGCUCCUACCUUGCGACUCGAACAACAAAACCAACCGCGAUUAAUAUAGGUGCGGCUUCCCUGAGCUUACACGAGGAAGUUCUGGUAUGUGCAGUAACGUCGAUCAUGUUCAAAGUCUACAUUCUAUUGAAGCACGGCGCACACCGUCAGCUCAAAAGUCGGCGGGAUUGUGCUAUCUUCGGAUUGAUCACGGGUCUGAUUUUGACGCUCCAUUGGUUAGCAGCUUCCAUGGUAUUCAAGAUUGUUAUUAAGAACCACCAACAAGCUGGAAACCGUAGGGUAGAAAAUCUCGAAGUCGGUAGAGACCUAUGAGUCGGUGGAAAAUCUGGACUUGGAGAUAAUUUUGGGAGACACCGAUAGAAAGCUAUUGAAUAGUGAGAUGGUACGGAACAAGUCUGACAUCUGCAGUAAAGCAGCAGACGGGUAUACUUGUCGGAUGGAGCAUGUGGGUUUAUACUGAUCAGGUGUCUUUUCGGGCAUCUCACGGCAUCGACUUAUCACACAUGCACUUUCACGAAGCGAUGGGUUUCCAUUAUGGUUCGUGCUUAAGAACAAG